UAUACUGAGCAAAAAUGGCUCAAGAUUUGUCUGAGGAAGAAUUGAGGAGACGGUUCGAUGAGGAAUUCAAUUUAGAAAUCGAAAACCUCCUUGGAAUGGGUCAACGUAAGCCAGCCCAUAUCAAUAUGUCGUUGAUUGCAAAGAGAAAUCUACCUGAAUCAACGGUGCAAGGAUCAGGAGAUGAGCUUAUUGCAGGCUUGAUGAAGCUGACCCAUGUGCGACUUGACAGAGAGAACAUCACAGAGAUUGAUAACCUUGAGAUGCUUGGACCUGUAACCAAUCUUUAUCUCCAGCAAAAUUCCAUUGAGAAGAUAGAGAACUUGGAGUGUCUUACUGCUAUUCAGUUCCUCACCCUGGCCGGGAAUAAGAUACACAAGAUUGAGAACUUGAAGAUACUCGAUACCCUCAAGCUCUUAGAUCUCUCCGAUAACAAGAUUGCAGAGUUGUCAGAAGAAGAGCUUCCCAAGUCCUUGGUGUUCCUGGAUGUAAGAGGGAAUCCUUGCAGAGACCUUCCAGAUUACAGGACACGACUUCUUGCAGCCCUUCCAAACCUGAAGCAGCUUGACAACGAGAUGCUGAGUAAAGAUGUAAAGAGAGCAGCCGGUCAUCCCGUAUCUAGCGAUGAGGAGGAGGAGGAGGAGGAAGAUGAAGGAGAUGGAGAUCGUAGCAGUGGUCAAGAUAAUGUUCAGAUAGAUGACGUUUUCCGCUUGAGUGCAGACUUAAUCCACCGGUCGCGAGAGAGGGCGUCCCAGUAUACCGAUCAGCAUGACCGUCACAUGCUGCAGAUCGAGGAAGUCCGCAGCCAAUCGCGGCAGGCCAUGGAAACGGCAAGGUCAAGUCUGGUGUCGCCACGAUCGCCCAGAGAAAAACAGCGCCAGCUUACCCCCUCUCCAGCAUCCAGAUAGGGACGGUGUAACAACCGUGUAUAGCUUUUAUAAGGCCAAGGAAACUUAAUUCCUAGUUUCUUGUUCUCUUGUGCUUCCUUUUUUGUCACUUGAUACUUCUGUUUUGAAAUGAAGAAAAAAAAAUAUCUUAUUAAAUUCCUCAAACAAUGAGGUAACAAAAACAUUGACCUGGCAGGGAUUAAUUCCUUGAAAUGCUAGAGCGCCGUAAUGGCAGCACAGCUAAAGCCGGGAUAAUAAUCUCCAAGUUGCGAAGCGCUGAGUGAUUGUAAUAAGCGCUAUAUAAAAACUGAGUAUUAUUAUUAUUAUUAUUAUAAUAUCUUACCAUUUUCAUUUCGUUUUGAAGCCUCUGAAGUCUGUACUCCAUUUUCAUGUGCAAUUUUGUCAAGAAAAUUGGUGUUGAAAUCGACCUCAUAGGAGGUGUGUGUGGAUAAAUUAUCAGAUAUCAAACUUGAGGACAAGAAACGGAGUAUUAAUUUUGCUUGGCCUAAUGUAAAUAGAGAGAGACUACAGGGAGAUUCCAUAAUAACAAAAUAGCUUAUAAUGAGGAAGUGCGUGUCAUGAAAAGAGUGAAGAAUGACUUAGUGCCACCUUUGUAUCAUUCCAUUAUUUAUAAUUCAUGAUGCGAAUAAGAAAUGUGUUCUCAAAUAGUGUUUUUGUGGUUGUUAAAGCCCCCCACUGCACUACUUAGCUACUUGCUCCCUCUAUAUAGCAAGCAAUGCCUAAUCGGUGCCUGUUGGUCCCCCAUGAUCCCCUUUCUCUUAUGUUAAUUGAGAGCUGAUUUGAUGAGAUAACCACCUGUCCAGUGACCUUGCAGGGAGGUCUAAUCCCUCUUGACCAAACUAGUACAGACAGGCUUUCAGACUUUGUUGUAAUGGAGUUUAC